GUUUCGUUCCUUGAUGGGAAAGUGCAGCAAGUUGUGGUCCAAGCAGAACCAGUCAGCACAGAUUGCUGAGUAUAUCCAUGCGCAAUGUGGUGUGUAUCUGAAGGUACCGAAUAAGACCAGGUGGAAUUCCACCUUUGAUGCGUUGAAGCAACUACAUGAGCUCCUGUCAACUGUGCCACUAAAAAUGCACGCCAUAAUGGACCGCUGCUCCUUGUCCAGGAUCACAGCUGCCGAGAUUGAAGUGGUACAGGAAUACACAGAGAUUAUGGAGCCACUAGCCCAGUCCCUAGAUAUCCUGCAAUGGGAGAACGGCAUGUUCAUGGGGUAUUUGCUACCAACACUCUGCAAUCUGGACCGCAAGUUAGAAGGACUGGAAAACAAACCUGAGAGGUACACAUACUGUUUUCAGCUGCUGAGAGGUGUGCGCGAAGCCCUAAGAAAGCGGUUUGCAGCUAUCUGGGAGGACAAGAGGCUUCUUCUGGCAGCCUGCCUACACCCUCGCUUCAAACUAGAUUGGCUGGAAUCGUGUCAGGCCACCACCCAUACCAACAAAUACACAAUGGAAGCCUUGUUGAAAGCUGAAAUAAAGAUGGGUGUACUUAAUGAGGACAGUGAUCAGUCUUCAGAUAAAGACCAGGAAGGAGAUGACUUAGAAGAUGACUUCUUUAACUUUCUGCCCCAGGGCAAGAAGUCAGCAGUGGACACUGCUGAGGAGGAACUGGUGAGGUACCUGAGGUCUCCCAGCAGGAAAGUGUCAUCGCUCUAUGGCUUUCCACGUGCCGAGCCUCAAAGCCCAGCGCUAAAGCCUCUGCUGCUCCGCUGCCACGCCUCCCAGCCCAUCGCAAGCGCCUCCCAGCUGAUUUGCGCUGGCGCGAUCGCGUCUAUUUCCACUCCUGCGCUCUAA